AAAUAGUCUGGACAAUUCUUCCUUGGACAAAGCCAACCUUUUAUCAGAUGCAGCAUUAAAAGAGCCUAAAAAUUGCAUUUCUAGCUUGGCUGGUGAGGUGAGGUGGUACCAAACCAGACCUGAUACUGUGGUACUCCAGGAUACUGUCAGAAAGCAACAAUAUGGUAUGCCACCGACCGAGAGCUCCAAUGAGGACCACCCGCCAGUUCCACAUGUUGUGAAGAUCCCUUGCAAGUUAAUAUUUGGUAUUAUGUUACAUGACCUGGGUCUUCCAGAUGCAAGAUACACCUCCCAUACACAUGAAGAUGGCGAAGUGUCAGCCCUCGUCACCUAUUACGGUCCUUCGGAGAUACCAGGGAAAUUGCUUCAGCAGUUCAAAAUUGGAGGAGCUCCAGCUGCUGAUUUUGAGAUGGCAGAAGAUUCUGCUGCUAGGGAAAGUAUCAGACACAUCGAAACAACCGAAGACGUGGAGGUAGAAGAUCUUCAUUAUGGUGAGUUAAAAGGUGUGAUGAAGAGCUACAAAGCCCUUCUUCUGAGAUCGAUAAAGGAAAAAAGAGCAAUCCAAACUCAUUCAGUAUCUCACUACCCACCGAAGUAAUAGCCUGUACAGCAGCUUCAGAUUUUGAAAUGUAAAGCUCUACUUCUGAUCUUCUAUUAUAGUUCAUACCUACCAAACAGAUCCCCAUUUUGUCUUCCAU